UUGCUUUGUAGGGAAGUGUGUCGCGUCACCACUUGCGGAACUCGAACUUACUCAGUGUUAGAUGGCUGCAAUUUGUAUGGAGGAGGUGAAACCGAUAACGGAGAGACUCAGUCCAAGUACUUGCUCAGCAUCAAAGAAGUGGUUGAGGGUCAUGUAUCCACAUACGGUAUCUGUUUUGUUGAUACCUCUGUUGGCAAGUUUUUCCUGUCGGAGUUUCGUGAUGAUGAUUAUAGUUCUACUUUACGAACACUCAUUGCAAAUUUUACCCCUGUACAGGUGAUGAUGAUUCAAUUCCAUCUUUAUCGCGAGGUACUCUUCGAGAGAGGACACCUUUCGACACACUGCAAGACGAUUUUGAAUGGCAUGCUUGGGACAGUGCAAAAGGAAGGACUUGCCCCAAAGAAACAGUUCUUGGAAGCGGAACAGACGCUGAAAUUACUGUCUGACGAGGCGUAUCUUGGUGCUGACCACAAAGCUUGGCCUGAAACCUUGCGCAAUAUGCUGGUUGAGGAUUCUGUUGUACCGAAGCCAAAGCUGGACUCCAUGCUCACGCUUAGCGCUUUGGGAGCUGUGAUACACUAUCUACAAAAGUGUCUAAUUGACGUAGACAUGAUUACCAUGCGUGACUUCAACAAAUUGGAGCCACUAGAGGAGAAUUCGAGUAUUGAAGCCGCUGCUAAACAGGAGGAAUGGUCUAAUCGUCAGAUGAUCCUGGAUGGAAUAACUCUUGACAACUUGAACCUUGUUCCUGGAGAACAUACUGAUGCACAAGCAGCUUCACUAUCACUGUACAGCACGGUUAACAAAUGCCAAACUCCGUUCGGAAAACGUCUUUUGCGGCAAUGGAUAUGCGCGCCAACUUGUGAUGUAAAUGUCGUGAAAGCUCGUCAAGAGGCUGUCGAAUGGCUCAUGUCUCCUGCUGCUGCAAGAUUUAGCGACAAAACUAGCGAGCUGCUUCGUAAAAUGCCGGAUUUAGAAAGACUUUUGCAAAAGAUCCAUACUCUUGGCCUCAAAUAUCGCGCUGAAACACAUCCAGAUAGUCGUGCUGUUAUGUUUGAAGCAGCAACCUAUAAUAAACGGAAAAUAAAAGAUCUCUUGACCACGUUGGCGGGUUUUCAAACUUGUUAUGAUCUCAUUUUAUUGUACGACAAUCUUCGACAGGACCAGGAGGGUUGUCCAUUGAUUGACCAAUGUAUAGGACUAGACGAAAAAAUAAAUUUAUGCUCUCAUUUGGAACAUUUCGCUAAAUCUUUCAAUCACUCAGUAGCUGAAAAAGAAGGAAUGAUUGUACCUCAAAAAGGACAAGAUGAAGAUUACGAUAGUGCUUGCCGCAGUCUAGACGAAGCGAUACGGCAAACCGAAAUAUAUAGGAAAGAGCAAGAAAGCAAACUUCGAUGCAAGGUAGUGGCGUUGCAUGUUUCGGGUCUACUACAGUCUUCAAGCUGCUUUAGAUUACUUACUUUGGUAGUGGAAGGAACAGAUUCCAGAUGGAAAUUGCUGAUAGUGUUAGCGUCCCGAGAAAUUAUGAUUUGAAA